CAUCAACUUCGGCACAUUUGUCAACUUUAUUGUUGUCGCGCUGUCGGCUGAUGAUUAGCCACCAUGGGUUCAUCUCAGGACUUCAAGUCCAUACAGGAUAAAAUACAGUCUGCUUUGGUCGCAACUACGAGACUCACAAACCAAAUAGCUGCCGAAGAUGUUAAUUUCCAACGAACGAGCAAUCCUGACGUUGAAGAGCAACUAGACGAUACGUCCGGUCGCCUGCUAGCAUUAGCCUCGUCGCUCCUCAAGUCUUCUACCAAGUCUACCGAUAUAAAAGCCCCGAGUAUCGAAGAUAGCGACGAGAUUGAUGUUCAAUGGUCGCGCAUCGUGGAUGUGGUUGAUACCUUACUAGAGAAAGCCGAUACUUGCUUAGAUGAAUACACCGGUGUUAUCAAGCGAAAAGCUGCACCAGUUGAACAGCCAGGCCAAUCAUCGAAGAAAUUCCGAUCGACAACUUUAGAAAAUUCCAUGCGCCGUGCGGAUAUAACCAAACCACAAGAUUCAUUCGAAGUCAAGCCAGACAAUUUCUGUACUUCGCCCUGGAAACCCAUACUCACUGCUAAGCCUCAUGCACUCGUCUCUCUCAAAGAUAGUCUACAGACGUUCAACGAUGAGAACCAGAAAACCCAAUAUAAACAUCCCUAUGAGGCCGAGGUUCUUGAAUAUGAAUACCCUGACACCGUUUUCCAGGCCAGGGAACCUAUCCAAUACCAACCCGUCGAAACGACGGCAGCCACAUUUGUCGAUACCUUCGAGGGCGUUUUGGAUAUGCUCGAAGAACUUAAGUCGGCUACGGAAAUUGCCAUCGACACAGAACAUCACGAUUUCAGGACAUACACAGGCCUGUUGUCACUGAUGCAAAUCAGUACGCGUGAAAAGGACUGGAUUGUCGACACUCUUCAACCAUGGCGUCGCAAGCUAGAGGUUUUGAACGAGGUAUUCGCUGAUCCUAAGAUACUCAAGGUGCUUCAUGGUGCCUAUAUGGAUAUUAUCUGGUUACAACGAGAUUGCGGCAUUUAUAUCGUUGGACUCUUCGACACUUUUGAAGCCGCAGUGGCACUACAAUACCCUAGCAGGGGUCUUGCCUACCUACUCAAAAGAUUCGUCGAUUUUGAUGCGGAUAAGAAGUAUCAGCUGGCUGAUUGGAGAAUACGUCCAAUACCCGAGGAGAUGUUUUAUUAUGCACGCUCAGACACGCACUACUUGCUCUACGUCUACGAUAUGAUGCGCAAUGAAUUGUUAGAGCAGUCCUCGAACGGCCCAGAACAGGACUUGAUCCGCCAAGUCCUAGAGAAAUCCAAGGAGACCUCCUUAAGACGACAUGAGACCUUCGGCUAUGAUGCUGAAAGUGGCCAAGGUCCCUCUGGCUGGUUCAACCAGCUCAUCAGAUAUUCUGCAGGAAAAUAUUCAAAGGAGCAAUUCGCUGUUUUUCGAGCUGUGCAUAAAUGGCGGGACGAGAUAGCCCGUCGGGAGGAUGAGAGCACAGUAUAUAUCAUGAACAUGUCGACACUCUUCAACAUAGCUAGGCGCAUGCCUCCGGAUGCCAAGGCUCUCCUCGGCCUUCUCGAGCCCUCCUCGGCGCCCAUCACCAAGCGGGAAGCCUUCAACUUAUCCAAAAUCAUUAACAAGGCCAAAGCGGAUGGAGUAAAUGGACCUUCUGUUCUCGACGUCAUUCGCAGCAACAACGUGUCAUCUACAAUUGGUAUCGGCGAAGUUGCAAAGUCUGUCUUCCCUCAACUACGAAAGGACGACGCGGAAGUUCUAGGGACCCAAGACCUUGUUUCCCAGACUUCGAGACUAUGGGGCAAGGUUCCAAUGAGCAGUCGUUGGGAAGAGCCUUCAACUAUCACGUCAUCAAGGAUUGUGCAGUUUGAGCUGCCUUGGGCUAAGUUUGUGAAGUCAAGCAAACUAAUAGAAGAGGCAGUCACGCGAGAAAAGCGACCAGUGACGGAAGAGGAAGAUGUUAUUUCUUUAGAACAGCCAGCGGAGGUUGCGCCUCCUGCUGACAAGGAAUUUACCCUCAAAGCUGGGUUGAAGCGUAAAGCGACAUACCUGAUGUCCGAUUCAGACUCAGGCGAAGUCGACGACACGCCAUCUAAUCCAGAACCAAAGCCAGACGAUUCUCUUAAUGCCGAGGAAAUUGCAGUUCCCGAUACGGACGAUAGCGACGAGCAGAGAUGGCAAAACAAGAAGUCCAAGAAAGCCGCCGAGAAGGCUCGUAAACGAGCCGUCAAGGAGGAACGUCGAGCUAAGAAGCUAGCCAAGCGUGCUCAGAAAGAAGCGGCCGCCGACGCAGCUGAGGUUUCCGCGAACGAUGGAGGCGAGGGUUCGGAUGGUGCUCCUUUUGACUACAGCAAAGCGAAGUCAGUCCUUAAUGCUACGAGAGCAACUAACGGUACUCCGCAGGCACCUAAGUUCAACCCCUACGGAAUGACUGCCGAGGGCCCAAGGCCGGCAAGGAAGAUGCAUGGGGAGAAGGCUGGCAAGAGCCACACAUUCAAGAGAUAGGGACUAUCAAAUUCGGGUGGACUUGUACAUAUGGCAACGGCUAUCUCAUUUGGCGUUUGGCAGUGACAUCUCUGUUGUGUUUUGCAUUGCUAUGGAGUUGAUGGCCUACAGGGCAGGUCAUAGGUUAGCCAAACUCUGGAAAUACCCCAUGAUCAAUAGGUAGCUAUGGUAUCGGCAUGAAACAUAACAUGCAUCCGAAUGAUCACAGCUCCCCCUCGUUCUCGUGAUACCAUCACAUAUUCACCUUGAACUGUCCUGUAAAUCGAACAUGGAAUUAGAUUAAAGUGCCCUAUAAUCUAUUAUUGCAUGCCUUUAACUUGUGAGGGAUGAUAUUGACUAAUUGUAAAUUAGUUAGGA